AUGUGUGAAGCACAUAUUUUGGUUAUACCAUUUCCAGCACAAGGACAUAUAAUUCCUCUCAUUAAACUUUCACAUCAACUUGUGAAGCAUGGAAUCAAAGUCACAUUUGUGAACAUUGACUUUGUUCACAAUCAAAUCAUGAAAUCUUCUCUAGGAGAAGGAGUAGCAGAUCAUAAUAAUUAUAAAGAUGCAAUGAUUGAACUAGUUUCAAUCCCAGAUGGGUUAGAGGAUGGUGACAAUAGAAGUCUUCUGCUUGGAAAGUUGACAGAAUCAACAUGUAAGGUCAUGCCUAAGAAGUUGGAAAUGCUCAUAGAAGAUAUCAACAAAUCUAAUAAUAACAAUAAUAAUAAUGGAAAUAAAAUCAGUUGUUUGGUGAUUGAUGAAAACUUUGGAUGGGGAAUUGAAGUUGCAAAGAAGAUGGGAAUAAGAGCAGUUGCAUUUUGGCCUGCAUCAGCUUCAUUAUUGGCCUUGCAUUUCAACAUCCAAAAGCUUCUUGAUGAUGGACUUAUUGUUGCCAAUGAUAGGAAUAUGAAUAAUAUAUCUGUGAAGCUUGCAGAUUGGAUUAUUUGCAACACUAAUUAUGAUUAUGAGCCAGCAACAUUUGACUUUGCUCCACAAAUAAUACCAAUAGGUCCAAUUCUAGCAACUAAUGACCAUGUUGGUAGCUUUUGGCCAGAAGACUCAUCUUGUUUAAAUUGGCUUGAUCAACAAGAAACCAAUUCAGUGAUCUAUGUUGCUUUUGGAAGUGUCACUAUCUUUGAUCAUUCUCAAUUGCAAGAACUUGCACUUGGACUUGAACUAUCCAAUAGGCCUUUUCUAUUGGUUAUAAGGGCAGAUAUCAACAAUGGAAAAAACCAAUCUUUUCUUAAAGAAUUUGAAGAAAGAGUUUUCCCUUUUGGAAAAGUGGUUCAAUGGGCACCUCAAGAGAAAGUUUUGAGUCAUCCUUCAAUUGCUUGCUUCAUAAGUCAUUGUGGUUGGAACUCUACUAUGGAAGGUGUAGUAAAUGGUGUUCCAUUUUUAUGCUGCCCUUAUUUUGCUGACCAAUUCUUUAAUCAAACAUUAAUUUGUGAUGCUUGGAAGGUUGGAUUGAGACUUGUUCCAAUGGAUGGAAUUAUACUAACUAGAGAAGAAAUAGCAUGCAAGAUACAAAAACUGUUUCAUGAGGGAGAAUUUAAAGUAAUGGCUAUGGAGAGAAAUCAAUAG